UCGGGCCGCGCGCGUCCAGCCGCACAGCUGCCCCCCGGCUCUCCCUCUCCGCGGCUGGCAGAGGGCGCUGUGCGUCCGUGCGCCCCGAGGGGCGGGCCCGGGCCGGGGCGGGGCUGGCCGGGCUUCCAGGCCGGGGCUCUAGCAGCCCGCGCCGCCCGGGCCGCUCCGGGGACGGGCCGGGGCGGGGCGCGGUCGCAGGAAGCCAGGCGGGGACGCGCGGAGGCGUUGGGGAGCGAGGGAGGGCGCGGCCAACUCCCGGAGGGCCGGCAGGCCGAAAGAGCGGCGCCGGGGCCUGGCGCGCAGCCUGAGAUCGCCGGACCGCAGGCCGUCCCACCACGGGCUCUGUCCCGGCCCCAACCCCGCCAGCAUGGCCGGCCGGACCGUGCGGGCCGAAACCCGGAGCCGGGCCAAAGAUGACAUCAAGAAGGUGAUGGCGACCAUCGAGAAGGUCCGGAGAUGGGAGAAGCGCUGGGUGACUGUGGGUGACACUUCCCUUCGAAUCUUCAAGUGGGUGCCUGUGGUGGAUCCCCAGGAGGAGGAGCGGCGGCGGGCAGGAGGCGGGGCAGAGCGAUCCCGUGGCCGGGAGAGACGCGGCAGGGGCACCAGUCCCAGAGCGGGUGGCCCUCUCAUCCUGCUGGAUCUCAACGAUGAGAACAGCAACCAGAGUUUCCAUUCAGAAGGUUCACUGCAGAAAGGCACAGAGCCCAGCCCUGGGGGGACUCCCCAGCCCAGCCGCCCCGGGUCACCCACUGGACCCCCAGAAGCGAUUGCAGAGGAUACUCAGCCCCCACAGCUGGGCCAGGAGAGAGACCCAGGGGACACACCUGCAGGCGGUACUGAUGACCCCCCGAAGCUGACCAAGGAGGAGCCUGUUCCAGAAUUGCUGGAAGCUGAGGACUCUGGAGUGAGGAUGACCAGGAGAGCCCUCCAAGAGAAAGGCUUGAAAACAGAGCCUCUCAGGAGGCUUCUGCCCAGGAGAGGCCUCCGGACAAACGUCCGGUCUGCUUCCACAGUGCCAGACACCAGAGCUCCGGGAGGUGGGAGCAAGGCCCAGAGGGCGCCCAGGACGAUCCCACAGGGGAAGGGGAGAUGAGGGGGCCCAACCCUCAAGGUGAGGCCCUUAGGUCUUCUUUAGCUGCCCCAAGAUCCACUCACCUCCUCACACUGCUUCAGGGUGGAGAGAGCUUCAGAGGUGGAUGCCUGCUGUGUGCACUUGGAGGUAGGCAGCCAGCCCUCUGCUUGUCCCUAACCCUAAAUCUGGAUCCAUCUUGCUUGUUGUGGGUCCCAAACUGUGGGGCUUGGGGCAGGUCACAGACAAGGCGCGCAUAAGGACGCCUCUGGGUGAUGCCUAGAAGCAACAUGAGUAUACAAAAGGAUGGACCCCGGGUCGACUUGGCCACCUCUUCAAGCACCGGGGCAGUCAUCUGCCAAAGGGCCAGGCAUGGCCCCCAAGGUGGCACAUUCGACCUUCGGAACCACAGGAUCUACUCUGGUGAGCAGCCAGCAGUGUCUGAAGCAUUGGGCAGUAGGUGCUAGGUGCUAGUUUGCAGAGUCUGCAAAUGGUGUCCAAAUCCAUGCGUGUGUGGGAGCAUACCCGUGUAUAGACGUACCACUCCAGCAAGCACCCGGCAGCCUCCCCUCCCUCACAGGCCUGUGGACGCUAGGCCUGCCAAGAAGACACAUGCCAACCUUGCCUGUGAGGCAAGGGGCGCACAUGAGCAAUCUAGUGACCUCUCAGACCAGGCCACCACCUCCUGCUGGAGGACUCAAGUCCAGGGAUGGGUGGAAACUUGUGGUCCAGCCCUGAGCCUGCCAAACCUACCUGGAAAGGACCCGUUUUGAGAAACCCAUGACGAAUGAGCCAUCUGAGUGGCUCCAAGGGCUUCUAUCAACCUCUCGCCUCCUGACUUAACAACCUAGUGGGCCUGCCGUGCCAGGAAAUGUCUCCCACUUGUUGAGGGCUUCCUCUACUACAGACUGCAGUUUGUGGGAAGUAUUUAGUACAAUAUUCCAGUGUCAUAGAUCCUGUUACUUUUACAUUUUACAGAUACGGAAACUACAUAGCCAGGCAGUUGAAGAGCUUGCCCUAAGUCACCAGCCUGCCUGUGGCAGAGCCAGCAUUCCGACAGCUCCCUGCCUGACCCCCAGGCCCAGCUGGUACACCACUUCUCACGCUGGGCUUGCUGUGGGGCUGAAGCUGUGAGUUUAAGGCAUUCAUUUAUGGAGCAUCCGUUUUUCUCAGUGGAAAAUUCUAUAGGACUUUUAACAUUUUAAAAAAUAUUUUUUAUUUAUUUAUUUUUUUCUGUCUCACUAUGCAGCCUUUGCCAGCCUGGAACUCACUAAACCAGGCUGGCCUUGAACUCACAGAGAUCCCCCUGCCUCUGCCUCCUGAGUGCUGGGAUUCAAGGUGCAUAACACUACACCCAACUCAGGACAUUUUUUUUUUAAAUAAUAAAAAGAGCAGAUGUCCUGUGGGAGGAAAGAAUUUUGUGUCCGUAAUGGAGAUGCUAUAGAAAUAUAUGGCAAGGCCUGGAGUUCCAGCUCAGCCCCCGGGUCCCCGGGUGACCUAAUGCUGCAGGAAGGUCAUCCCAGGCCCCACUCCCGUGUGGAGGCUUCCCAGAAGCCACGGAAAGUGGCUUGUGCUAGCCUACUGAGUGACUGGGGAACUUCAAGAAGUAAAGAUUUAUUAGUUAAGACUUCUGAAUUUCCAAUGGGGCAGAAGUUUUCAAAUUUCCAACAGAUACUGAUUUUCAGGAAUUAGAAAUGAAAACUGGGAAUUCUGGGGAGAUCCAGAAAAAUCAUCCUUUGUAUUCUUUCAAACUCUCUGUACUUUAAAGACUAAGAUGCUCGCAGUCAGUAGCAAUUUAAAAGAGCUUGCUGGCCAUGGCGGGGGCGCACGACUUUAGUCCUCAGCAGAGGAAGGCAGAGGCAGGCAGGUUGUUUUAAGUUCAAGGCCAGCCUGGUCUACAGAGCUACUAGUUCCAGGACAGCCGGGGCUACACAGAGAAACCCUGUCUCAAAAACACAAAAACAAACAAAAAAGAGCUCUAAGCCUUAAAUAUUCAAAAGGUGGAAACUGCCAGUGUGUGUCACUGGGUAGUAUCUGAAUAGCAAGAUGUUUACAGAUCCAGUUAGAUUUAUAGUACGCCACAAUCAUGAGUUGAAAUUGCUGAUACAAAAGCUUAGUUACAAAUAUAUAAUUUCUCAGAGCAUCUUAGGAUUUGCAUGUGAACACAUUCAUGUUUAUCUUACUUGUGAGAGUCAUCAACAGGAGCAGGGUCACAGAAGAGUGGACCGGGCAGCAGCAACUCCCAGUUAUGGGGUCCCAGAUUCCGAGGAUAGCUACCUAAACUCCGUGUGUUAGUGUUUCCCGUUCCUGCUCUUUGACCUGAUGCAGUGGUUCCUCCCAGCCAGGACUCCUCUGGGCUCUGAGCGUUGGUUGUUAGAGGACAGCUAGUUACAAUAUGUUCUCUUUUUUCCUCAAUUUAUUUACUGAUUGGUUUUGAGAUUAAAACAAAGCAAAACAAAAAAACAACCCCUCCCAGGUUUACCAAAGAGUGUCAACAAGGAAUUCUGAACAGAAACAGUCCUUAUGUGCUGGUCCUUAUGAAGCCCAGGCUUCUAAACUCCAUGGAGUGGAACACCCCAGCUCCGCCUGUGCCCGGCUGUGAGGCCUUGGCUGAAUUACUUACUGCCCAGCUUCAGUUUAGUGGGUAGACUCAUAUCUAGGAAGUAAUAUUCUUGAUUUUGUAAGGUAACAUUGUGGAAAGGUUACCAGCAUGGCUCUGGGGUCGGGCAGGCUGCUGUUCAACCCCUAGCCUCAUGGCUUCCUACCUCUUUGACUUGGGGCAAGUUCUAACCACUGGAUUUUUCCCUUCUGUAAAAUGGGGACGCGGAUCUAAUUCAUUGGGCUGUGGUAAGUUUAAGUGAGAUCACGUAUGAACUGCAUAGGGUGUACAUGCUUGAUCCACGUGGGCCAGGAUAGUCGUUACCCACUGUAUCUACCUCACAGGGCCGGUUGUGAGGAUGAAGGGCGGCAGAGAAUGCUGCGGACACUGUCUAAGCUAGUGACAGUAACUUGCCAGUCUUCCCUCUGGAGAUGGGGAGAUAGGAAGUCAGAAUGCCCAAGGAGAGGGACAGGCAUGCUUCUGGCCAGACGGCGUGGCCGGGCUGAAGGGGAGGGGUCACUAUGGGCAGCCAGAGAACAGGGUGCGCAUGCCCUCCCUCGGGUGAGGGUUGCUCCAAUCAAGUGGGCAGUCCAGUGCAUAUGUCAUAACCCUUGGGAACAGGGAGAAAACAGGAUCAGUUUUAAGAAGGAUGCUAGCUGAGGGGCUAAAGAAGAGAAGUGUUUGCCCAGCUCGAGCAAGGGACAUAAAUUUCAUAUCUAGCACCUCAGGAAAAAUAUAAACAAACAAACCAAAACCAGCCAAACAAAGAUCUCGGUUAAAGGUUUUGACGGAAGAACAGUGUUCCGUGGAUGCAUCCACAGUGUGUUUUUAAAUAGGACUUGAAAUUGCAGAAAGGACCGUGUGGGAAAGCGGUGAGAGGUGACUGGGUGCACGUUUAGGAGCUGUUUCCAUUGGCUGGAAGCCAGCAGCCUCCUCCCGCGAGUGCAGAGUGCAGACCAAAGCAGUUCUGAGGCCCUCCUCACGAUCCCGGCAGUAGCUUCACACAGUAAACCCUCAGAUCAGAGACGGGCGUGCCAUGCUCGCGCAUGCUCUCUUAGGACAGGAUUCAGGCCUUUCACCUGCACUGAGCUUCCUGCACCCAGCAGCAUCACACCGCUGAUCCUGAGCAAGGAAGGAGUCAGUGCCUUGCCUAAGCGCCCUCCCCUCCUGGCCUAGCAGCGACUCCUGCCCUCACUCCUCCUCCUCGUUUCCCUGUAAGUCAGGAUCCUCCGGGUGCCACCCUUAGACUUUCUUUAACCCACGAGGGUGCUCUCAUUCACCAGACUGCCUCUCCGAACACGGUCGCACUCAGCUCCUUGUCUUCUGGGCAUCUAGGCUCCCGACUCACUCAGCGCCAUUCCUUCCACACGUCCCUCGUGAGUUCCCAUUC